AUGAAAAAAAAGCCUGAUACAAUUGAUGUGUUAACUACCCUUUUAGCUGUUGAGCAACACAGAGUGAUAAUACCCAACAAGCACGGUGAGAAACUAGUGGGCAUAUUACAUGAAUCUGGAAGCAGGGAGAUUGUAAUCUUGUGCCACGGUUUUCGCUCCUCAAAACAAGCCAAUGCCUUAGUGAAUCUUGCUAUUGCUUUGGAAAAUGCAAGAUUGAGUACUUUCCGCUUUGAUUUUGCUGGAAAUGGGGAAAGUGAUGGCUCUUUUCAGUAUGGUUACUAUUGGAGGGAGGCUGAAGAUUUACGUGCAGUAAUUCAACAUUUUCAUGAAGCUAACCGUGGAGUUAGUGCCAUUGUGGGGCACAGUAAAGGAGGUGGCGUGGUGCUUCUUUAUGCUUCUAAAUAUCAUGACAUUAAAACCGUUGUCAACCUAUCUGGACGCUAUGAUCUAAAGGCAGGAAUUGAAGAACGCCUUGGAAAAGAUCAUAUGGAAAGAAUUAAGAAGGAUGGUUUCAUUGAUGUGGAGAGAUCAGGAAAUUUUGAGUACCGUGUGACUUUGGAAAGUUUGAUGGAUCGCUUAGAUACAAAUAUGCAUGAAGCUUGUCUUCAGAUUGAUAAAGAAUGCAGGGUCCUAACUGUUCAUGGUUCUUCAGACAAAGUUGUCCCUGCCGAAGAUGCAUCUAAGUUUGCCAAGAUUAUACCAAACCACAAGUUACAUAUUGUAGAAGGAGCUGAUCAUUCAUUCACUAGUCAUCAAGAUGAAUUAGCCUCUGUUGUUGUGAACUUCAUAAAGGAAACCUUGCACCAGGAUAGGGCCGGUUCGCAUUUCAAGAAAAACCCUGAGCUUGACGAUGGCUCAAUCUUUCCCAAACCCUUUGUAUGGUAUGCUGAGCAGCAGAAAGUCAUAAUAACUAAAAGGAAUGACAAUAAACUAGUAGGCAUUUUGCAUGAAUCUGGAACAGAAGAGAUUGUCAUCCUAUGCCAUGGUCUUCGAUCCACCAAGGAAGACGAUAUUAUGACAAAUCUUGCUACUGCUCUAGAGAAUGCAGGAGUCAGUUCUUUUCGCUUUGACUUCACUGGAAAUGGGGAAAGCGAAGGAUCAUUUGAGUUCGGUCACUACUGGAGGGAGGUUGAUGAUCUACAUGAUGUUGUUGAACACUUUCAUAGAGCAAACCGUAUAGUUAUUGCAAUUAUUGGACACAGUAAAGGAGGUAGCGUGGUGCUUCUUUAUGCUUCUAAAUAUCAUGACAUUAAAACAGUUGUCAACCUCUCUGGACGCUAUGAUCUGACAGCAGGACUCGAAGAACGCCUUGGAAAAGAUUAUUUGGAAAGAAUUAGAAAGGAUGGUUUCAUUGAUGUGACACGGUCAGGAACUUUUGAUUACCGUGUGACAUUGGACAGUUUGAUGGAUCGCUUAGAUACAAACAUGCAUGAAGCAUGCCUUCAGAUUGAUAAGGAAUGCAGUUCUGAUUUACUCCCUAGUCAAGUAGGGGAAAUCAUUGCAGUAUACAAAUUUAUGAAUACUAAUUAUUUUGAGCGGAGGGAGUUUAUACUAGUUAGAGAUGAUGAUGAUGAUGAUGAUGAUGAUGAAGACACAGUUAUCCCCGUUGAAGAUGCAUCUGAGUUUGCCAAGAUUAUACCAAACCAUAAGUUACAUAUCAUAGAGGGAGCUGAUCAUUCAUACACUAAUCACCAAGAUGAAUUGGCCUCUGUUGUUGUGAACUGCAUAAAAGAAACCUUGCUCCAGUAUAGGGUAGACUCAAAUUCCAGAAAGGUUUCGCAAGCAAGCAUGCAAGCCACUUCAUAUUCCCAGAACUUGAAUAUGGCACAAAACCCAUCACUUCUGCAGCAGAAAGUUAUAAUACAAAACAAGUAUGGCUAUAAACUAGUGGGCAUCUUACAUGAAUCUGGAACUAAAGAGAUUGUUCUCCUAUGUCAUGGGGGUCGAGCUUCGAAGGAAAACUUUAUCAUGACAAAUCUUGCAGCUGCUCUAGAGAAUGCAGGAAUAAGUUCAUUCCGGUUUGACUUCACUGGAAAUGGGGAAAGUGAAGGUUCAUUUGAGAUAGGUGGCUUCUGGAGGGAAGCUGAUGAUGUACAUGCCGUAGCUCAACACUAUCUCAAAGCAAACCGGACAGUUAUUGCAAUUGUUGGGCACAGUAAAGGAGCUAAUGCGGCCCUUCUUUAUGCAUCAAAAUAUCAUGAUAUUAAAACAAUUGUCAACCUAUCUGGUAGCCAUGAUUUGAAGUUAGGCCUUGAAAGUCGUUUCGGAAAGGAAUUUUUGGAAAGAAUCAGGAAGGAAGGUUUCAUUGAGUUGAAGGCAGAGCCAGGAGGCAUCAGUUAUCAUAUAACUGAGGAAAGUUUGAAGGAUCGGUUAAACAUAAUUAUGCUUAAAGAAUGUCUGCAUAUUGACAAAGAAUGCAGGAUCUUUACAGUUCAUGGUAGUAGAGACAUCCAGAUCCCGGCUGUAGCUGCACUUGAGUUUGACAAGACCCUACCUAAUCACAAGUUUCAUAUCAUAGAGGGAGCUGAUCAUGUAUUUACUGAUCACCAAGAAGAAUUAGCCUCUGUUGUUGUGAACUUCAUAAGAGAAACCUUGAGCAAGGAUAGAGGUGCAUCUAGCUAG